GAUAUUUAACACUACCACGAUCGUUUCCUGGAAACGAACUACGAGUCAUGCAUAAUUCAUAUCAUAAUUGAGCGUUUCUUGUAUACCUAAUAAUCACACUGCAAAACAGAGGAACGCACUUGUAUGUUUACUCAGAGAUUAGUUUGAUCGAUGCUCGUUCAGGAUAGGAAUGCGUAAAACUUGACAGAUAUGAACCGAGUGGCACCAGCUAAAGAUUUAGAGAGUGGUGAAGAUUUGGAAGACUCUUUGAAUAUAGAACAUUUUCAAUCAGAUGAAGCGGAUACCCCUGAACCACAGACUCAGCGAUCGCGGGGAAAUGUCCGCCCUGAAUCAGGCUUCAGGUCAAUCCACAUUCCCGCGGGCAGCACAAAAGCUCAUAGAAGGAGCUCUUUACGACGUGCUUCCUUGAGGAAUGCUAACAACGACCUUGAGCUUAAUGCCUUAAAUGCCGAUGCGGCUGAUGAAUGGUUACCGACUCCAAAGGAGGUCACCAGACGUAUGUCUGAAAGGAGGCUAUACAGGAAGUCGAUCAAAAACGCUCAAAGAUUGAAAAAACAGCGUAUCUCCAGAUGGAAAGCCUUCAAAAUGCAAAUCGCCAUGUCAUGGAAGUUGACCAAAACAGCAGUUUCAGAGUGGAGUCGGGAUUACGAGCUAUGGAAAGGACAUCUAAAACGUGUAGAAGGUCGCUUCGGAAAUGGAGUAUCGUCCUUCUUUGUUUUUCUCAAGUUACUGUUUUUCCUUAACAUGGCGACCUUCAUUUUGGAAUUUGGAUUCGUUACAUUACCAUCAGUAAUCAUUGAGCCAAGCAUAACUUCAAAUUCGUGCACCUUUACCACAGCCGAGACGCAACAACGAAACACGUCGAGUGCUGCUGUUGCUGCAGGGUAUGAAGUUGCAGAUUUUAUUUCUGGAAAGGGCUGGAUAAGUACAACAUUGAUGUUUUACGCUGGAUACGGGGACUCAGAGUUGAUAUCAAAUGCCGGUGUCAAAUAUAACCUUCCGUUAGCUUAUCUCCUGGUCGGAUGGUCUUUUUUUAUCCUCAGUCUCAUACUUGUGGUCCGAAGUUUAGGGGAAAGUUUAGCAGAAACGUACCUAGAUAGUGGAGGGAGCCUGUCUUCAUUCUGCAACCAGAUUUUUGCGGGUUGGGAUUUCUGCAUCACAAAUGAGAAAACCGCCCAGGAAAAGGAGCUGAGUUUCUUGCAAAACGUCAAGGCUCAAUUUGCUGAAGAAGAACGACAGGAAAAAGUACAAAAUCGAACGACUCAAAUAAAGUGUCAGCUCUACACAAUAAGAAUUGUUUGCUUCUUGCUGGUGUUAGGGUUACUUGGAGGGGCAAUUUAUGCCAUCAUUUUAUCUUUAUCAGCUUCUACAGAUCCGGAAAUUAUUGAGAAAGCAAGCCAAUUUCAAAGUGGAGAGGAAAUAUUGCGCUUUGCCCCUUCGCUAACGAUCACCAUUCUAAAUAUCUUACUACCUCAGAUUUUUAAUAUUUUAGCAAAAUUUGAGGAUUGGAGUCCAGCAUUUGAAGUUAACAUAACUUUGUACAGAAAUAUUAUCUUAAAGCUGGCUUCAUUAGUCGUGCUUAUGCUGAAGAUAUACACACAAGUUGGCGAAACUUGCGAAACAAGCCCAGAGAUGUGUUGUAAACAGUUCUGGGAGAACGAGAUCGCUUCACAGAUGUAUAUGUUGAUAUGGACUGACUUUUUUAUUAAUAUAUUUUCAACUAUUAUCGUUACUACGUUGUGGAAAUUGAUGUAUAAACACACACAGUGCUUCAAGAAGGUUGGCAUGCCGGUGUUUGACAUUCCAAAAGAGGUCUUAGGACUUGUGUAUGGCGAAUGUUUGAUUUGGAUUGGAACAUUUUUCAGCCCAAUUAUGCCAGGAAUGGGUGCCGUCAAGUUCUUCAUUUUAUUUUACGUCAAAUUGAUUGCUGUGAUGUUCAACUACAGGCCGUCAGAGAGGGUUUAUAAGGCAACCCGUUCAAAUUAUCUCUUUACAGCCUUGCUGCUAAUCUCAUUCUUCAUGUGCCUUGGAAUCAUCGGCUGGGGCGUAGCUAGCAUGAGGCCAUCAUGUCUUGGACCUUUCAGCAAUGCAAACUGCAACGCAGAUGCGAGAAUGUACCAGGUUCUCACAAAGGAGAUUUCAACGUGGCCAUCAGUAGUGCAAGAUAUCAUCAACUUUGUUACGACAGUAACUUUUAUUUUUCCUGUCCUGACAGUAGUUUGUUUACUGUUGUACUACUUCAGAUCCAUGGCUCUUUCUCUUUUACAAACUAUUGAAACCCUCAAGGAUCAGUUGGCAUUGGAGGGUAGAGACAAGAGAAAGCUCGAGGAGAAACUUUACCGAUACGAAGAGGCUGAACGAAAAAGCACUAAAGCUGUCCAUCCUACGGUGGUCAGUGAUAAGCAAAGAGAUUCACUAGCACCACCCGACAGCUUUUUUUAACCCGUUCAUCCCUGAAAACUGAAAGCCAGCUCUCCUAAAUGAAGACCAUUCAAUACAUUGGUUGCUAUUCUAGAGAAUGAGGCGUAAUCUUCAGACUACAUCCACGAGCUGAUGAUUCUCUCAGUCUGUGCAGACCCGUUUCUGGGGAAAAUUCAGAGGACGGUCACCUUGGAUUCAGAGUUAACGACUGAUACGCGAAAGAGCACUCUAUCUUUCUUAUCGUCUCAUAAUAUGAUCACUUUUCAGUUGCCAUGAUUGGGCCAGAAAACUGGAUCGAGCACAUGGAAGCGAGGUCUACCGAUAAACUUUGAACGUAAAGCGAAUUAACCAUUACAGGGCUUUCUUUCGUGGUUUGACUUGAUUUGUUUGAGUAUUUAUUUCUCUCGUGAAGUUGUGAGAUAAAAUUUCGUAAAAACAAUAGUUUAAAGGUUGUCGUUUCACACUAUUUCUCACAGAAAGGUUACCUACAAGCAUCAAUUCCAUGUAGUUUAAUGUAGUUUACGCUAUUAAUUCCUGGCUCGCCGCUUACCACUAAGCGGGGAGACUGGGAAGUGAGCCAACUCCUCCUACUCGAAGCCUUCAAGUAAGAUCAACAGACGUGAGAUAUCAGGAGAGCUUAUCCGGGGAAAACACGUCGAUCGAGGUGAAAAGAUCUAUAGGCAGAAAAAAUACUCUUAGAGCUAAGAUAAAAGUUCAGAAUGUUCAAAUUAAGUACAACAAUUAACUACAUUACAAAACAUAUGGCAACUUGCCAAGCGAGCAACCUUUUUUUAAUUUUGUUUUAAUACCCGUUCAAAAUAUUAAACAAAUUUUUUUUCAUUAAGGCAAACUUCAAUUAAAAUUAUUUUUCACGAAAACGCAACAUAAAAAAUCCACAGAAGUGAACAUUUUGUUUUUUUCAAAAAAAGAUAUAUAUAUAUAUAUAUUGAAAGUAACUGAUCCAUUCGCAGAAUUAUCUUUCAACUCGAUGCUAUUAAAAAUGCAGGGAUUUCAUAAAAAUAUAUAUUUUUCAAAUAUACCAUAACCGAGUGCCGAGGAAUGUUCAAAUAUAGAUAUUUAGCCACUUUUAUAGUUGCUUUUAUUUGUAUAUUUUUCUAGAUGUAUAAUUCGAUCUUUCGACAUCAGAAUAGUAAAGAUAAAAGUAUAAGCACUAACUUGCGUGUAGGAGUGAUGAAUGAAUAAAUUAUUAUUUGUUUAUAACAUAUUUUGAUGAACAUAACUUGAUGAAAACUUAUGUAGGCCAACGUUUCGCCCAUCAUUACCAAAACAUGCAAAGUGACCAUUUUUUUUUUUGGUGAGCAAAACAAUAAAACAGAGUUUUUGCCGUAAUUCCUAAUUAAGUUCAUUCCGUUUGGAAAAUUGCGGUCCUGAAAAUUCAUUGAUACCUUGUAUAGAUUGUAUAUGAUAUUGAAUCAGGCCUGAUAUUGAAUGAUGUCUUCAAAUCGUCGACAACAUAGGCGUUUAUUUCCCUUAAAUAUGUUGACUUUUUCUGAAUAGGAUAUUUAUUUGCAGUUUUACAUACAAUGGCCUGUUUUAGUCUCUUAAAUUAUUAACGAGUAAGCGACAUAAGUCUCCUGGUCUCUCUAAAUAUUAUACGCAUGCAAACUCAUUUUGACAAAUGUUGUAGGCGGCAUUUCUAAUGAAAUAAAGAGCUUCAUUUGUUAGUAUAGAGGUUUUUUUUUUGUAUGUGUUUGUCUAUAAGGAUGAAUGAGGGGGAGGAUAUGACUGAACAGUGAGAUCUCAGAUAUGUUUUCACGAAAUCUGGCAAUAGGUGAAAUACUGUUCAAUAACAACUUCUAAAAUGCAAAUAGGCAAUUUUUCCAAAUUAAGAAAUCAAUGAAACGCAAGAAAAGUUUUUGUUCAAAACAAAGGUUGCCAUGGUGAUGGCGAAAAAUCGAUUUCAAAGUUUCGUGCCAAUAAUAAAACAAAAGAAGUCAAUGCUUAAGAAAAAGGAUAAAUUUUUGUUCUCUGACAUAAUACUAUAUGACGUACGUAUCCGCAACACGAAUUUCCUGCGUGAGUAAAACGUGGAGUCACUAAGGAAAACGUCGUGUAGUUUAAGUCGCAAAAUGUCAUACGCAGUCUGUGAAGUUUACCUGACAACUUGAGUUUUUAAUUAUUAUUUUGAAAGUUAACUGAUGUAAGUUCACAUAAAUUUACCUAGCCAUCUGUC